AUGUCUCACAGCAAACGUAAUACUUCCCGUGCGGUCUUCACCUCCCACGAGCGUGAGUUGGCGAAAUCAGCCUGGACAAGCAGUAGUGCUCGUCUAUCUCGAGACUCAUUUUUACCGUUUGCUUCAUGUCGCCUAUGUCUUUUACCUGCGCGUACUCCUGUCUCGUGUAGUCAUGGUGAUAUAUUUUGUCGCGAGUGCGCGUUAAGCAAUAUCUUGGCGCAGAAGAAGGAAAUCAAGAGGCUGGAGAAAAAUAAGGAAAAAGACGAUCAGGACAAGAAUGAAGAUCAGGGAAAGACGGGAGGAAAAGGCGGCAGGAUUGUAGGGAGAGAAGGCGGAAAGAUUAUGGUAGAGCAGGAGGUAAAUGGUGAAGGUGGAAAGAGGGGAGAGAAGAGAAAAUUUGAGUUAGAUGAGGAUGAACUUUUGAGAAUUGCACAGGAUGAGAGAUCAAAGGCGAGGAGAGCUAUUGAUGACGAAAAAGCUUCUAAAACAACUUUACCUAGUUUCUGGGUUCCAUCUGUCACACCAAGUUCGAACACCAAUACCACUCUUCACAAUAUCGUCAAGAAAGCCAAACAAUCACCUGUUUGCCCCGCCUCACAACAAGACAAACCACACAAUUACUCACUCCAUACCUUAAUCACCGUUGCAUUCACAGAAGAAACCGAUAGCGUCACGAAAAAGCCGCAAAGAAUCUGUCCUUCGUGCAAAAAGCAAUUGACCAACACUUCCAAAGCCGUACUUGCGAAGCCCUGCGGUCAUGUGCUCUGCAAAUCAUGCGUUACCAAAUUCAUGACUCCAAGCGGAGUUCACGAUCCGCACGCAGAAGCGGGAACAGAUCAGAACGCUGUUGCUUGUUAUGUCUGCGAGGCAGACUUGACAGAGCGAAAUGAUGUUAAGGAGAAGGGGAAAAAGGGAGAUAAGGAGAAGAUUAAGCCGGGAUUGGUAGAAAUCAAAAGUGAGGGAACAGGAUUUGCUAGUGCGGGGGGCAAUAAAGUUGUAAAGGAAGACGUUGCUUUUCAAUGCUGA